AUACUGUACUCAGAUGGUGCGUUGCGCCUUUCACGAGGGAGUAUUGUGGGAACGCGCCGGGGCAUAUCCCUUGCCCGCCUGACUGAUGAGCUGAAGACGAUCAAGCCCGUCCUCAGUACUUGGGUGAGACUGGAUUCCUUCUCCAAGUCGUCCACACCCACGGCCGGUCUGGUUGGAUUCCUGUCCGAUACGUCGUCCGGUGGUAACACGGGGACCGACGGUUACCGUUGCGUGAAUGCAUCCGUGACGAAAGCAUCAAAGGUCAAAAAUGGUUUCAAAUUCACGGGGCCUGGGUCCAGGGCAAUGUGGUCGAUGAGCAGGUGGGGACCUAACAGACAGUACAGCUUUGUGAACCACAGGUUCACUCUUGUGGCGACGGUGACCAUCCACCAGGUUGCGAAGGGGAGCGCUCCACUGCUGGGUGCGAAUCUGGAUGCACCCGUCAGCACGAACUUCAUUGGGCUGUCGUACAGCAUGGAUAAAACGUGGGAGACAGUGUUUGCUGGGAAGAAAACGACAUCGAACACCACUUGGGAGCCGGGGAAAGAACACCAGGUGGCGCUCAUGCUGCAGGACGGCCACAAGGGCUCCGUUUACGUGGAUGGUGUGAUUGUGGGGAGCCCGGAGACGAUACCAACACUUGAGACGCGAGGGCUGGAGUCUCAUUCUUCUACAUUGGUGGAGGCGAGGGAGACAUCAACAGCAGCGAUGUGGCAGUGA